CUCGUUCUCUCAACGUCCGUCUCCCUCUCGCUUUCCCUCUAGGCGCCGCACUGCGCAGGCGCGAAACCCGCAACCUCGGGUGCUACCAUCGGGCCAGGCCACGGGGGUGGGAAAGGGAGGGACGAACCACAGCUUUCUCGCCCUUCGCGCCCGCAACUCUAGUCCUAAUCCUCUCUAAAGAGCACCGGAUGUGACGUGCGGGCCAAAAUAGCACCGCAGGGGCGGGAGCGGCUGGCGAGCGGAUCUUGGUAACAAGUCGGAGUGAUUCUCCGGUCGAUGCUAGAAGGGGAAACUGAGGCCCAAGGACUUGGGGUACUUUUCCUAAAGUCACAAAGCUGAGCCCCACCCACACCCUGGGACCCCCCCCCCCACACACACACACACUGUCCAUCACCCGGAAGAAUUGUCCGUGUCCUGUCUUACCAUUCUGUCCUCCCGGCUUCCCAGUAAGCACACAGCCCCAAGACCACCUUUGAUCACCUUCAGACAAGCUAUGCAUGCCAGAGGUCCCCCUGGCCUACUGACCCCGGCGCUGCCUCUCGCCUCCUCCGUCCUGAUGCUGCUCAUGAGCGGCCUGUGGCUGCUGGGAGCCGGCCCCAGCCUUGUCCUGGCCCCAGAGCUGCUGCUGGACCCUUGGCAGGCGCACCGGCUGCUGACACAUGCCCUGGGCCACGAGGCCCUCCCAGGGCUGCUGCUGAGCCUGCUGCUCCUGCCCACGCUGGGCUGGCGGCAGGAGUGCCACCUGGGCACACUGCGGUUCCUGCAUGCCUCCACCCUCCUCGCCCUGGCCUCCGGGCUGAUGGCUGUCCUGCUGGCAGGCCUCGGGGUGUCCAGUGCAGCCGGGGGCUGUGGAUACAUGCCUGUCCACCUGGCCAUGCUGGCGGGGCAGGGUUACCACCCUAGACGGCCCCGUGGGGCACUGCCACCAUGGCUCCUGCCGUGGCUGCUGCUCGCCCUGACACCACUGCUCAGCUCCGAGCCGCCCUUCCUGCAGCUCUUCUGCGGCCUCCUGGCUGGCCUGGCCUACGCGGCUGGGGCCUUCCGGUGGCUGGAGAUCUCUGAGCAGCGGCUGCAGGCACUGCAGGAGGGUGUCCUGUGCAGGGCCCUGGCAGGGUGCUGGCCACUCCAGCUCCUUCCCACCCCAGGCAGCCAGGGUGAGCUGCCUGUCACCCAUCCUGCCGGAGUGAGGCCACCCACCCCUGGACCUCCUUACAUGGCCUCCCCUAGCCUCUGGCCCCUCAGCGAAGGCUCAGCCCCGCUCCCGCCAGGCCUGGGGCCUGUGCAGCCGCUCUGGGAGGGCUCCUCAGAGGUGGGACUGGCCUGGUCUGGGCCCAGCUUCCCCCCAGGGACCCCGCUGUGGGCAGCCCUGGACGAGCAGAUACUGCAGAAGGGGAUCCAGGCCUCGCUCCUUGAGGGGCCAGCCCAGGGUCCCGAGAGCCCACUCCGGCUGCCUAAGUCCUCUGUCUCCUCCCUGCGGCUGCAGCAACUGGAGCGCAUGGGCUUCCCCACAGAGCAGGCGGUGGUGGCCCUGGCAGCCACGGGCCGUGUGGAGGGUGCCGUGUCACUGCUGGUUGGUGGGGAGGUGGGCACCGAGGCGCUGGUGACUCAGGGGAGGGGUGGGCCCACCCACCCUGAGGGUCCUGGGCCCCCCUAGCACAGGCAGGCUUUCAGGUGAGAAGAAGCCUGGCCUGUGGGUGGGAAGUCGGAGCCCAGCCCUGUCUGCUGAGAGUCAGGGUGGGUUUAGGGGCGGCCCCCCAGCAUCCUGCCCUGGUACUGUUUAGAAUAAAAACCAGUUCACUUUUCAA